AUGUCGGAGCGGCUGGGCAAACCCAGCUGCCUCAUCGUCGCCAGUUCAGCUACUGCGGGUGUGUCAGCCCAGUCCUUCCUUCACUGCUUUACACUGACCAGCUCUGCUUUUAACCUGCAGGUUGCAACUCCUGGGGGAAAGCAGAUCGAUUUUGUGGAUGUGAACGAGAGCAACAUGCGCUGGAUCCAGGACUUCCGCAUGAAAUCCUACGCCAGCCCUGCCAAGCUGGAGUCCAUCGACGGUGCCAGGUACCACGCACUGCUGAUUCCAAACUGCCCUGGGGCUGUGACUGAUCUUGCAAACAGUGGGUACCUGGCAAAGAUCCUGCAGCAUUUCAGCACUGAGAACAAGCCCAUCUGUGCAGUUGGACAUGGAGUAGCAGCUUUGUGUUGUGCCACCAAUGAGGAUAAAUCCUGGGUGUUUCAAGGAUACAGCCUGACAGGGCCCUCAGUGUAUGAACUUGUAAGGCAGCCUAAUUUUGCCAGUUUGUCGAUUAUUGUGGAAGACUUUGUGAAGGACUCUGGAGCUACAUUCAGUGCCAGCAGGCCAGAUGCUGUGCACGUGGUGCUGGACAGGCACUUGGUGACAGGACAGAACGAGAAUUCCACUCUUCCUGCUGUCCAGAAUCUUCUCCUCCUUUGCAACAUCAGGUAA